AUAUAGAUAGGGUGUUCUGUGGCUAAACCCCCAAAAUAGUAGUAAAUGUAAAUAGUAACCCUGAGAAAUACUAAUUUUUACAUUUUAACCUUUUGGAGGUUCAGUGUUUAUUAUUUAAGCAUAAAGUAAAAGAUGUUUAUCAAUAAAUGAAAUGUUUUCAUCGUUCUCGAUUUAAUCGUAAAUUUAUUGAAGAUAUUGUAUAAUGUCAGAGAGCGAAGAAGAAAAUUUUUGUUUUUUCGGAAAACCGUUGGACCCUUAUGAUGAAGAUGCCUUUCCGAAAAAGCGCCCCAUUGCCCUAGAGGAGCAAAUCGCCACGGACGCACAAGGCAGACGGAGGUUUCAUGGCGCUUUCACAGGGGGCUUCUCAGCGGGAUUUUUCAACACCGUCGGAUCCCUCGAAGGAUGGACACCGAGCGACUUCAAGAGCACUCGCCAGGAGAAGGCUAAGAGCAUUGUCCAGAAACCGCAAGAUUUCAUGGACGAAGAAGACAUUGGCGAGUAUGGGAUAGCACCCCAGACAGUCAGAGCUACUGAUGAUUAUUCCACCUCUAAAAAAAGGCGCAAGCAGGUAUUUUCAGAUGGCCCAAUUCCAGGGAUACCGGUCUUGGAAACCUUACUUACAAGUGGAAACGAAACCAUUGGAUACUUACUGAUGAAGAAUCUAGGAAUCCAAGACAAAGUUCAGAAGCAACAGGAAGAAACUGGUACUGUAAACGUGAAAGUUUACGGAUGCCAAAUGCCAGAGCAGUAUAAAAUACCCGAGAAAAUAGAAAACAGACAGUAUGUUGUCCCAGAUAUCUACAAAGAAUUUUUAGAGAAACCAAAAGCAAACACCUUCGGGCUAGGUUACCAGGGCUUGGACAGGACUCACAUCAACUUAUUCACAAAUUCGAAUCUAGUUGUGAGAGACAAAAACAACAAGAAAUUCUCAAUCGGAGGCCAAGCAUUUGGCGUGGGGGCAUUCGAAAAUGAAGAUGAUGAUAUUUACAUGAAAGAAGACAUGAGUAACUACGACUUUGAGUUGAGAAAGGAGAAGGAAGAUAAGAAAGUAGUUCAUAGUCAUGUAGAUUUGUUGUAUGGCAUGUUCAAGCAUUAUCAAGCCCCAUUAAUUUCCAAAAAGUUAUACCCCCCACCAACGAUACCUCACAGUUUUAGUGGAAAACAUAAGAUAAAGAAAUCUCGUUUUGAACCAGUCGUAGAAGUAAAGGAAGAGAUCGAUCGCCACAGCAUAAACCCCGAGAUUCGAGCCCGAUAUCUUGGAGAGCAGGUCCAAGAAGCGUAUACCCCUUCUAGAUUAGCCAGAGACCUUCCAGUGCCUAGCACGAGCAUCAGAGGCCCAGAGAGCAUCUCUUCAAGGCGAUCUUUUGAUGUUUCCUCCCUUCUCGUUGAUAGAUUCGUGCCCGCAUCUUCUAAGGCAGAAGGGUCUGACGCCCAGAUACCAGAACAGCAGACAGAAACAACGUAUGGAACUGCGGAUAUGAGAGAAGCAGUAAGGAUGAAGAUGUUUGGUCCGUUAACCAGGGAGACUUUGGAGUGGCGACCUUGUGCGAUUCUCUGCAAGAGGUUCAACGUUCCCGAACCAUUCGUAGAUAGACCGCAAGAGGAACCUAAAAAAAGAGUAAGGAACCUCAUUUUUGAACAACAGAAGGACACAGAUGAAGACAGUAGUUUAUUCAAACCAGGCAUUUCUGGAGAAUCUUCCAUGCUUCAAAAGGAGCAACAGGAAACUGAAGAAAUAGAAGGAAACUCUAUUCCCGAAGCUCCUCUUCAGAUUAAAACUGAAAAUAUCGAAAACAUUGAAGAACAACAAAACGAAGUGAAGGAAGAAGAAACAGACUCUGCUCCAAAAGAUAUCACAGAUCGAAUUGGAAUUGCCGAGAAAACAGACUUGUUCAAGGCUGUUUUUCUUAGCAGCAGCGAGUCGGAAGAUGAGGAAGCCAACGAUGCAAAUGAAGAUAUUGAAACUGAUAAGACUGAGGAGUUCAAGCAAAAUGUAUUAUCGGAGCAACUACUCCCAAAAAUUAAACCUCUAAAAGAAGGAAUUUUAUCAAAAUUGAGUUUCAAUACCUUUGUCGAACCAAAAGUUGAAGAAAUUAUUUCACCGCUUGUAGAACAUUCUUCGGAGGGAAUCUCUGCAAGCAGUUCAAACUCCAAUCGAGAACCCUUGUACGGCCCCAGAUUACCUACAGGGAGACUCAUCAUCAACAAUCCAAAAGAUGUAAGGAUAGUUUGUAGUGACAGUGAGGAUGACUGGGUGGAAAAAAAGAAAGAAGAUGAAAAGAAGAGUAAACACAAAAAGAAGAGUAAGAAGAAAGAAAAACAAAGGCAUGAAAAAAAGAAGAAAAAGUCUCACAAGAGCAGUCAUUAGCAACUGCUCAAUCGGGUAUACUUUCAACUGUGAUAUUUAAAUAAAGAUGAAUAACAUGUAAAUUUUAGGUAAAUAAAAUAUAAAAAUGGA